AUGGAGCCACUCAACUGGACAGGGGUCUCUGAGUUCUUUCUGAAAGGAUUUUCUGGCUACCCAGUCCUGGAGCACCUGCUCUUCCCUCUGUGCUCAGCCAUGUACCUGGUGACCCUUCUAGGGAACACAGCCAUUGUGGUGGUGAGCGUGCUGGACGCCCGCCUGCACACGCCCAUGUACUUCUUCCUGGGCAACCUCUCCAUCCUAGACAUCUGCUACACGUCCACCUUUGUGCCCUUGAUGCUGGUCCACCUCCUGUCUUCCCAGAAGACCAUCUCCUUUACCGCCUGCGCCAUCCAGAUGUGUCUGAGCCUGUCCACGGGCUCCACAGAGUGCCUGCUGCUGGCCAUCAUGGCCUACGAUCGCUACCUGGCCAUUUGCCGGCCGCUCCGGUACCCAGUGCUCAUGAGCCGCUGGCUCUGCUUGUUGCUGGCAGGAACUGCCUGGGUCCUCUGCCUCCUCAAGUCAGUGACUGAGACAGUCAUCGCCAUGAGGCUGCCCUUCUGUGGCCACCGCGUGGUCAGUCACUUCACCUGUGAGAUCCUAGCGGUGCUGAAGCUGGCAUGCGGUGACACGUCAGUCAGCGAGGUCUUCCUGCUGGUGGGUGCUAUCUUGCUGCUGCCUGUGCCCCUGUCACUCAUCUGCCUGUCCUACACGCUCAUCCUGGCCACCAUCCUGAGGGUGCCCUCGGGUGCUGGGCGCCGCAAAGCCUUCUCCACCUGCUCGGCACACCUGGCCGUAGUGCUGCUGUUCUAUGGCACCGUCAUCUUCAUGUACAUGAAACCCAAGACCAAGGAGGCCCGCAUCUCCGAUGAGGUCUUCACAGUCCUCUACGCUGUGGUCACACCCAUGCUGAACCCUGUCAUCUAUAGCCUGAGGAACAAGGAGGUGAAAGAGGCUGCCAGGAAGGUGUGGGGCAAGAGAUGGGCCUCUAGGUGA